GUCUAGACGCUUGUUUCCGUCAGAAAGUCUCACUUCUUCUUACUCAGCCAUCUUUAUGCUGAGUGCACUUGAAGCCAAGUCAAGAUGCUGUGCCAUGUCAUCAUAGUAGCAGGUGCUGUCCUGUUUCUUACCUAUGGCGAUGUAACUCAAGCAACAGGCGGUUGUGGGUCCGACUGGGUCCAACUGAACUCUGCUUGUUAUUAUGUGUCCCGGACUUCUGCCAACUGGUCAACAGCUCAGACUUAUUGCAGAGAAAAUGGAGGCACCUUGCUAUCAUCAAACUACCAAAAGGAGCCAAUUCAAAUACUGUGGAACAUGACGAGGGAGAACCAACAAUGGUGGGUGGAGAUGCAAAAGACCUCUGCAGUCACGGCCAUGUGGAAAUGGCUUGAUUCUGCAUCAAACUUGUCAAACGAAACCACACCGUGGGACAGGAGCGAGUCUACCGAUGGCGAGGACACCAGAGACUGUGCAGAGAUGGACUACAGCGGUCUGCUGAAUGAUGUCCAGUGUAACUCUUCUCUCUACUUUGUCUGUGAGAAACGGGCAGCGAGCAAUGCAAAUGGAUGUGGUGGUACAUGGCAUCUGCUGAGUGGUGUUUGCUAUCAGUACUUCACACACACUCUGUCGUCAUGGGAUGCACAGAAGAGUUGCCAGGACAAAGGAAGUGAACUCUUGUCUAUCAGCUCUAUAGACGAGCAGAAAGGAAUGCUAUCAUGGUUAAGAAAGAGGAGCAAAAGGUGGUGGGUGGGACUGCAAAGGACUCCGCUUCGUAGCAACACGUGGAAGUGGGUAGAUUCAACUGUAAACUUUUCAGACCAUGUCACACACGACAAGAACGGAAGAGAAGUACUGUGGUAUAGACUGGCUUCUGUUCAAUCAUGGUUGCUACAAGCUGUCAACAAACACUCGGUCAUGGUCUGAUGCCAGAAAGGAAUGCCAGAGAUACAAAGCCGACUUGCUCUCCAUCAAUUCUUUAGAGGAACUAGAAAUUAUACGAAAAGAGAUAAGAAAGACGAGUGUCCGCUGGUGGGUAGGGUUGAGAAGAAUUUCACCAACACACUCAAGUCACGUCAGG